GGCAUCUGUGUCUGCUGGUAUGCUGCUGCCUUCUAACAGGCCUACCUUAUUUAUGAAGUCCGCUACAGAGACCUGGAGGAAGGGAAUGGAGGAGGGACUUAGCCGACUGAAUGAUGAGGUGGACUUGCAGAAGAGUACGACGGGGAGCGAGGAGGGGAACUCGUCAGGCGGAACCCCUCCCUCCAAACGAAAGGGCAAGUUUUCCAACUUUGGCAAGAUCUUUAAGCCCUGGAAGUGGAGGAAGAAGAGAAGCAGUGAGAAGUUCCUUGAAACCUCAAUAGUGUUGGAGAGAAAAAUUUCUGUAAGGAGGCCUCGCCAGGAGCUGAUAGACAGAGGAGUGCUGAAAGAGCUCCCAGAGAAUGAAAGUAACAACACAAACCGCAUGUCCCAAGUCCCAGUGGUGAAGAAUGGCCACCCUGUACCCAUGGAUGUUGACCGUGUCUCAGAGUUAGGAGUCAGGAUGUCCCGGGGGGAGCCGGGCCCCGGGCCCAACCGCACUUGGCUGCCCCAGGGAGACGACCCCCGGCAGGGUAGCGUGCCUUCAGAUAACGCCCGGGGCCGGAGCAGGGUGGCCUCAGACGCCUCGCGCUCCAACCGAGCCCCACUGGAUGUAGAUUCACACGCCAGGCUGUCAGCUGUAGAUGUGGACAAACGGAAUAGAAUACCCUCUGACCGGUCCGAGAAUAGAUGGUCACUACCUAGAGGACCUGCCCAAGAGGAAGGGAGGCAUCGGAGAGAGGACAGGAGAGACGAGAGGAGAGAUGGGAAGGAUGACAGGAAAGAGGAAAGGAGAGACCCUCAGAAAAAGGAUGACAGGAGAGAUGAGAAGAGAGACGACCGAGAGAAAAGAGAUGACAGGAGAGAUGAGAAAAGAGAUGACAGGAGAGAUGAGAAGAGAGACGACCGAGAGAAAAGAGAUGAGAAGAGAGAUGACCGAGAGAGACGAGACGACCGGGAAAGAAAAGAUGACCGGUACAAGAGAGUGGAUCGUGAAAAGCCUGACGAACGGAGAGAGGGCGAUCGCAGAGAGGAUAGGGAAAAGAGGGGGGAGGAGAUGGACAGGAGGAGUCCUCCUAAGGAGGUGAAACCUGAGACGUUGAGACCAAUAGAAGAGGGUCGUCCGAUCGUCAGACCCCACUCGGAGCUGGAGCUAAGGCCUAGUCUCCUGAAGGCCUCCUUAGAGGAGCGAACUAGCAGGGUCCGCCCUGCCUCUGAAGCCGACCGCAGCAGCACCCUGCCUAGGUACAUGCCCUCGGAGAAGACUGGAGGAGGGGACGUCCGUGGACGGACAGAGUCCACUGGUGUCCGCUUCGCCCCUGACCCUGACCCCUCCUCUCGAAAAGAGAUGCCUCCCACUAAACAGGCUAUGCUCCCUCCCAAGAGGAACCCCAACACCACUUCCACCACUGAGCCUGGUUGGAACCCCACACCACCCUCCUCCUCAUCUUCAUCUACCUCCUCCACCUCCUCAGCUAUCGCGGUGGCCAAGCCACCCAGGACUGUCUCCUUGGUCAUCAGUGAUGAUCCUCUUCCAACUGCUGCGCUGCCCAGCCCCGUCCCUGCUCCCCGGGCCAGCUCCAUACCCCUCUCCUCCUCCACCGGGGAGUCAGAGAAUGCGCCGCCCGUACCACCCCAUGCCAAGCAGCCACCCGCACCCCCACCCAAACCUUCCAAUCGCAACAGCAAUCCUGCCCUGCUUGCGUCCACAUUGAACAGGGCCUCAAGGGUCCGCCGCCCCCCCCCUCAGUACUGGACCAGCUGGAAAAGGCAAGGGGAGAUGGGCCUGUACCUCUCCCUGCCCAACUACCUGCACCACAGACGGGCUGACCAAGCCACCUCAGCGGAGCUCUCUCAGGCUGGAGCCAACGUGGUUCUUGCCACCACCAAGCCCUCACCACCUACUCCGCCCAAGAGGAUGACGCCUGUCACCAAACGCCUUUCUGACGACCCUUCCCUUGGUCCGGAGACCUCUGGCUCCUCUGGUCCUGCCUCCGCCUCUGUCCCGACACCAGUCCCCGUUCCUACUAUCACUGUGCUUGGUUCCCCAGAUGACACUAGGGAGCCUGUGGAGGCAGUAGAAUUCCAACAUCCCGUCACUGACCCCUUUCCUGCUCCAGCGCCCUCUCCCAACUCCCACCACAUACCGCCCCCUGACCCCACCUCUGCCCCCCUCCCCGUGCCCCAGAACGACCCCCCUAGCCCCACCACAGAGCCGCCAAGCCACCCCCCGGCCUCAGUCCAAGCCGUCCCGCUCCAUAUCCAGAUCCAGCGGGCCCUGUACUCGCCCAACCCGGCCAAGGCUAACCCCGACGGGUCCCAGAGAGCCCACUCGCUGCUGUUUGAGUCCCCUCCUAAGUUCCUUACGGAAAUUGGAGGUCGACAUUCCCUACCCGUUACCAUCGAACCUCUGAGACUCCCUGAGGACGAUGACUUUGACAUGGAGGAGGAGUUGAAAAAGCUUCACCGUCGGAUGCCCCCCCCCCAGGCCCCAAGGCAGCUUGAGUUGGAACCCAGGAGCAGGAGGGGUCUGGCGGUGGACCCCCGGGUUAGCGUGAUCCCUGAGGGCCGGGGACCAGGGGAUAGCAGCGAGGAGGAGGAGGAUGAGGAGACAGAUUCUGACGGACCCAUUAACUACAGAGAUGACGAUGAAGACAAUGAUGAAGGUCCACCAAGUGCCUUGGCCAGCCGUGUGGCGAGGAAGGACACCCUGGCCCUGAAGCUGGAAAGACAGCAGGAGAAAGUGGAGAAGGAGGGAGGAGAGGGACAGGACGGAGUCGGCUGGCAGAACAGGGAGCAGUGGGAGGAGCUCAAGAACAAGAUCGGCACCACGCUUAACAGGCGGUUGAGUCAGAGACCCACAGCAGAAGAGUUGGAACAGAGAAACAUCCUUCCGGCCAGGAACGAAGCCGAUAUCCGGGCCGAGAGGAGUGAGAUCAAACGCAGACUCACCAGAAAGCUGUCCCAGAGGCCCACCAUAGCAGAGCUUCAGGCCAGAAAGAUCCUGCGUUUCCAUGAGUAUGUAGAGUGUACAACGACUCAAGACUAUGACCGCCGUGCAGACAAACCCUGGACCAAGCUCACUCCCUCUGACAAGGCUGCCAUCCGUAAGGAACUGAACGAGUUCAAGAGCUCUGAGAUGGAGGUGCAUGAGGAGAGCCGGAUCUAUACCAGGUUCCAUCGGCCUUAGAUGUCCUCCCUGGCCCGCCUGCGGAAGAAGCACUUAGGUUUUGGGGGCUGUAUGGCGCGGGAUUGGAAUACGGAGCACAUAGACUCAUCCUGUUCUUUCCCCUAAAACACAUUGCUGCACCUGAAACCAUGAACUAGUUGUAUGGUCUAUUUAUGGAUGAGGCUCCUUGGCCCAUCCAGUCACUGUUGAAUCCAUUGACUUGAGGUUAGGCCAACUGGCCAACCCACACACUGCUGUAACCAUACACUAGAGGAGAUGCCCUGGUACUAAUGUAAUCCAGCACUGGAACCCAUGAGACUACUGGUACUAAUGUAAUCCAGCUCUGGAACCCAUGAGACUACUGGUACUAAUGUAAUCCAGCUCUGGAACCCAUGAGACUACUGGUACUAAUGUAAUCCGGCUCUGGAACCCAUGAGACUACUGGUAAUAUUGUAAUCCAGCUCUGGAACCCAUGAGACUACUGGUACUAAUGUAAUCCAGCUCUGGAACCCAUGAGACUACUGGUACUAAUGUAAUCCGGCUCUGGAACCCAUGAGACUACUGGUAAUAUUGUAAUCCAGCUCUGGAACCCAUGAGACUACUGGUAAUAUUGUAAUCCAGCUCUGGAACCCAUGAGACUACUGGUACUAAUGUAAUCCAGCUCUGGAACCCAUGAGACUACUGGUAAUAUUGUAAUCCAGCUCUGGAACCCAUGAGACUACUGGUACUAAUGUAAUCCAGCUCUGGAACCCAUGAGACUACUGGUAAUAUUGUAAUCCAGCUCUGGAACCCAUGAGACUACUGGUACUAAUGUAAUCCAGCUCUGGCCUGUCUGAAAAAGACAGGAGGAUGGGCAUAGGCUGAUUUCAGCAGCUAUUUUCAGCAGCCAUUUUGUAGGUUUCCCCAUGCCAACAAUUUGAGUAGGGGAUAUCCUGGUCAUCAUCGCUGUACUUCUUUGGAUGCAUUCCUAUUCGGAGGACUUAUACAGAAAGGAUGGACGAGGGACAGACAAUGUUUUGGUGUUCAUCACAGGCUCUCCUCUCACUCAGUUGCUCUCAGGCAAGAUUGUUUCCAAGAGGCCUUUACUGUACCUGCUUUUUAGUUCAACAUUUAACCCUGUUGUUAUUUCAGAUCUGGAAAUAAAUGCAUAAAUAUUCACUGUUGAUGGUUAUUAAUCUGAUUUAAGUAAUGGUGGUACUAAAUAUGAUACAGAUGUUUGCGAGACUACAGAACUUCGUUAGACUGCAUGACACUGGUAAGUCCCUCCAGCGUGGUUAUGCACAUGUGUGUCUACUCAAGUGCUGAUGGGAGGAUGCCAGGUGUUAAACGGAACAGGAAGGUGGAAAUGUGAAAUUGCUAAAGCUUGCUGACCUACCUUUUAACAGUUUUAGUUAUUCAACGAAAAUACAUUUGUUGGUAUUAAACUCAAAUGUAGCCUCUACUAGUCAGCUAUCUAACUAUGUUUUAUAGAUGUUCAUCUUAUUCAUCCAAUCUCCCCAUGCAUGAUGUGCAUUUUUACUGUAUUUUGUUGAUUAUUUAAGAUAUUUUCCGACAGCCCAUAAUACACGAUGACUACUUGGAUGUUCAGCAUUGUAUUAAGGCACCUUAUUGUUAAAUGAGAGGUAACAAUAAAGUGUACAAUGAAAUGUUUGAAAGGUAAUAAUUUAACAAGACAACCUAAUGCUUAUAUACACUAAUAAUUAAAUGUUGGUGCUGAAAGACUGCGGUAGAAACAUGGAAAUGUUUGUUUUAUAAUGGUACUGUGUACGUAGGCCAGUGGUAGGCCUCAGCUGUAUAGAGACGUAUCCUGUAGAUUGAUUUAAUUGACAUUGUCUUCCGGUGUUAAAUGUUUUAAAUGUAAUUAAGUAUUACAACAGUGCUAUUUUUUAAGCAGUACACUCUAAUAAUGUUACAGAAAUUGUCACAGAGGGCUCCCUUAUUUUUACAGAUGUAUAGUUUUUCUUUUUUUUUUUUUUUUUUUUUAAGAGAUCUAUAAAAUAACGUGCAAACCUGCUGUAUAAAUGGUCAACUCACACUCAAAUUAAAAUGGUUUAUAAUAAAGAAUGUUGUGAACUUGU